AUGACUGAUAGAACAAAAGAUACAUAUAAAGAAGUAUCAAAUCAAUUGUUGAUAUGUAAGCCCGAUCUUGAUCCAAAGUCAAUACAAAUUGAUUUUGAGCAAGCGUUUAUUUCAGUAUUUAAAGACAUUUUUCCUAAUGCAAAAAUUAAUGGAUGUUUUUUUCACUUUUGUCAGUGUGUUUGGCGUAAAAUACAAUCAUUAGGAUUACAAAAAAUGUAUUCUGAAAACUCAACAUUUGCUCUUCAAGUAAAACAGUUGUGUGCUUUGGCGUUCGUACCUGUACACGAUGUAGUAUAUGCAUUUGAAGAACUUAUAGAGUCAGAAUACUACAUAGAAAAUGAAUCUCUUUUCCAGCCCAUCCUGAAUUACUUCGAGGACACUUGGAUUGGACGUCCUGUACGGAGGAAAAGAAGAAGUCCAAUUUUUCCAUUAAAUAUAUGGAAUGUAUAUGAAAAUGUUUUAAUGAAACGACCAAGAACAAAUAAUGCAGUAGAGGGGUGGCAUAAUGCAUUUAAUUCUUCCAUAGGAGUCCAUCAUACGACAAUAUGGAAAUUUAUUAAUUUUAUUAAAACUGAACAAAACUUGGUGGAAGCUAAAAUAGAAAAAAUUAAUUUAGGAGAAAGCCAUGCAUUAAAAAGAAAAAAAUAUAAAGAUUUGGACCAGCGACUAGAAAAUGUUAUGUCGUCGGGCUCUCUGGCACACGAGCGGUUUCGAGAUAAAUAUCGCAUGGUUAACGACUGUGUGUCCGAAACAAAUUUACCAGUCCUACCGACUUGUCAUAUUGAAUUAUCUGCUAACCUGUCCGACGCACCACUUCAUUAA